AUGAUACGUAGCGCUAGAUUAUUAGCUCAGAAUGGGCAUAUAAACUCAACUGAAUCGCAGGUUUUAACAUUGGGCCUAAAACGACAAGACAACAGUAAGCAACAGAGUCAAACCAAAAGAGGUAAUUACAAAGGUCCCCGACGAAUCCGAUGGUCACCCGGAGCAAUAGGCUUGUUGUCGAUUCCAACGGCCGCUUUUGGAUUAGGAAUUUGGCAGACCUACCGACUACAAUGGAAAUUAGAUCUCAUCGAAAAUAUGAAGAAAAAACUCGAAGAGCCUGGCGUAGCAUUUCCAAUAGAUGAACUGGAGAAAUUGCUGGACAUGGAAUACAGACGAGUCAUUAUAACUGGUGAAUUUCUCAAUGAUCGCGAAUUUGUCAUCACUCCGAGAGGCCGUUUUGACAAAUUGUAUAAACAGAAAGAUGCUGGUUCUUUACUAUCGGAUAGUCAAAGCAGCAGUCAUGGAGCUCAUGUAAUCACCCCGUUUAAAAUAAAAGGAUCCAACUUGGUUAUCCUCGUAAACAGAGGUUGGGUGCCCUCUUUGUACGCAAAGCACGCGACACGCUUGAAAACGGAUGUUAAGGGAGAAACAACAAUUGAAGCCAUCGUAAGAAAGACUGAACCUCGCCCGCAAUUUAUGCAAAAUAAUCAACUCGACAAAGAUGUAUGGUAUUACCGCAAUCAUGAAGAGAUGGCUGAAAGAUAUGGAACAGCUCCAAUUUUCGUCGACGCGGUGCUCGAAUCUUCUGUUCCCAGAGGGCCGAUUGGAGGACAAACGAAUAUUCGUCUUCGAAAUGACCAUUUACAAUAUCUUUGUACGUGGUUUACCCUUUGCGUCGUCACGAUUUUUGGGAGGUCGACAAUGAGUCAGGAUGAGCCUGUUGUUGCGCCUAUCUACAUGGGAAUGCGAGAGGAUAUCGAGAUGUUAUUGCAACGGUUUGUGGAAAAGGGAUCUCCAAGAAUGACGGAUUUUGCGAAGCUCUUUAAGGAAGUCCAAUUCUCAAAAAUCUUUGCUGGCAGAAUUGCACCACCGGAGCUAGUCGAGUUUUCCGAGCGUCUACUUCAAAUGGCCGCCUCCUACAUGCAUCCGUUUCGUCUUGCCGUUGCACCAACUUACUCAGGAACUGACCCAUUUGAUCAUAACCACGAGAAGCAAAUAGAAAGAACUGCUUAUGAUGCAUCUCUAACUCGAACAAUGUUGGACCGAAUAUUUGGUGUCUAUUUGACGUACGCUCUCUUCUUCUUACAACCGUCGGAUUAUGUGGCUCAGGUACGAGUGACCCCUGUUCAGCUACUUGAGAUCACGCGUCUUCAAAAGGAGCUUAUUGAGGAAACUCAUUAUGACACCGUUGCUGCUUUGCUCAAAUUACAUGCACAUAAGGCCUUUGUACAAAUACCAUUCACGAGUUCGUACGAUCCCGUGCAGCACAAACGCCUGCAAAUUUCUGAAGAGGAUUGCUCUGGACAAUCAGCAGCAUUGACCAGUGAUCGUCAAAUGAGCGCUAUUGAGAGGAUUACAAGUGAUUCUCUUUUGAAACAACUUGAAGUAUUGUCAAAGGCUAGCCGAGAAGUUGACUUUACAAAAGAUAUUGAUGAACUACGAGGAAUAGCCAUACGGUCACAAAUUGAUAUGAUGACAAAUGAUGAUACUAUUGUCAUUUCACCAUCGAAACCAUCGAGAAUCUCUAUAAGGGAGAAAGCAUACACUGGGAACAUCAAACAUAGCAAGAAUAGACGCUAUGCAAAUCCAGAGAACCAACCAGGUGCGUUGACAUUAGCUCGAUUGGCCGAUGAAAUUGGUCGAGAGGAAGACAAUAAUGGAGAUGUCGAAGACGGACCUACAGUAAUUAAGAAGACAAAGGAGUCGUCAAAUACAGUAACGAUUGAUGCAUUAUUUGACGAAACUGGAGAUAGUCAAAAGCAAGAAAUUGCAAAGUUUAAAACUGAACUGGAAGUGUUGGAAGCGACCCCCACAAAGAAAGGAAAAGCCAAGCUAAAGCAGCCUAAAAUCCGCGAUCCAGCAUUUGAAGGCCAUAUUCGCAAGGUACUCGCUCCAACGGCUCUUCAACGCUCAAAUGAUCGACUUCUCGAAAAGCUCAAGCGAACGAUGAAAAAGAAUGAUGAUGAAGAAGAAGAA